AUGCCACUGAAGUUCAAAGGUUCGAUAGGGCGUUUGUUCUCGUUCAGUAACGGGUAUAAGAAUAAGAAAUGGUCCCUGUUCGGCGUGGAUUCAAGAGAUUAUCUGAGGCGUGGAAACGAGACGAUGGAGGAGAAAAUGAAAGCAUUUCUGACUGAAAACGACAUGAAUAUUAAUGACUACCCUACAGUCUAUCUUAUUACAGCCCCACGAUUUCUGGGGUAUCAAUUUAAUCCUGUAAGCUUCUGGUAUCUGAAAGACAAAGAUGGGGUGUUGUCUCUGGUGAUUCUCGAAGUAAAUAAUACUUUCGAUGAGCGGCACAUGUAUCUUUGCCGCCCAUCUAAUUCUUCUUUGACGGGCUUCAAUAUCUCAUUUGGACAAACGUUCAGUCAAAAUUUCUCCAAAGAGUUUCAUGUAUCGCCCUUCAACGACCGAGCGGGGAAAUAUAAUGUCUUGACUCGCGACCCUCUCUCUGAAAAAGAGGAUUCCAACGGAAUUGUAAACACUACAAUAACUCUCUACGAUGAUUUCGAUAAUAAGAAGCUCAUCGCAGGUCUACGCUCUGUGGUGCCUCCAAUAUUUCUUUCAGAACUUUCGACAUCGGUCAUAAGUUCCACGAUUUUCGUGAUAAAAUAUGGAUGGAGCGGCUUGAUCACGUUUCCCAGGAUUGUAUGGGAGGCGGCAAAGUUGUUUGGUGUUAAGAGGCUAAAGGUCUACCUUAGACCAGAGGUGAGGAGAAAGACAAUCAGCCGGAAUGCAACCGCACUAGAAAUUGAACUAGAGAAAUAUUUUAGACUGUACCUUCGUACCAGAGUUGAGAAACAUCCUGUCUCGACCAUAAUACAUUACAAUUCUGCCGGAAUUGGGAAUCUACCUCAUAAAGAGACAUUUAAAUCCGCCGAGGCAGCGGCCAUGGGACACGAGAUUACCUUCACUGUUCUUAGUCCCAGAUUCUACACAGUCUGGGCGGCAAACUGGUCUAUCCAAGAAGUUCUAUCUGCGGAAGAAUUAAAGCCAGAACAUAAGAAGAUUGUUGAGAUAUCUGAUGUUGUUCGAAUUAUAAAUCUUUUAGAUCAUACGCCUCUGGCGCCAUGGAAUAGGAAAUACCAUGGACGGGCACUCACAUGGCCGCUCAUUAAAAGAAUGAGAGGGCAAAAAAACCCUACUUUUGAUCAGCUUUUGACAAAGGAUCUCCAGAUCCUCAAUGCACCCAAGGUUGACCCUAUAGGAUACAGUAGAUGUGUUUUGCAAGCAGUGCUGACAAUGAGAAUUUGCUAUGGGGACGAAAUGUGGUUGGGGGCUUAUGAUCUGGCUAUUCGAGGGGUUCUAGUGUACUUUGCGUGGAGUGGAUUCACGGAGGCCGGAAGUUUUGCUUUGAAGCUUUGGGGCGCUAUUGGGGGGUUGAUGGUGUGGAGGAUUAUGAAGGAUUUUAUGUAA